AUGGGCAACACCAGCUCGGCACUGCGUGCUCAAGUGAACAAUGGAGAAUCGGGGGAAGCGAUGAAUACUCGCGAUGCCAACGAGACCACAGUUGGUGACGCAGGCACUCAGCGUAGCAGGUCGCGGCUAGCGAGAAGAAAUACCCAAACGUUGAGGGCCGCGGGCCAGAGAGCGAGUACACUCUAUGACACGUUUCGACGCCAUCGAUCCGCCGAAUCCAUGUCGUCAAGCCCGAAUGCAGGUCAUUCGACGCCGUCCCCCUCCGAGAUGGAGUAUGAACAGGAGAAUAGACCGCUAGUGGCCACUGGAGAUGUAGACAUGGGAGAUGCUAUCCCAACACCCAUCGUUUCGCCCUCGCCGAUAAGGAGGAGGUCUACGAUGUCAAGACUUGGGUCGCGACUCCUCCCAGAUGCGGUCGCCCGGGGUCUGCUAAACAGUGGAGAGGAGACUGCAGAAGAGGGCCGCGCGUUACGGCAUGGAUUGUCUGGCCGGUUACGCCCUUCUGUCUACGAACGUCAACCGAACGCGGAUGGCACCAGUCGAUUGUCCCUCACGGGCUCCAUACGAAGACGUGGAGACAAUCGCACCGAGUCCCGACGGCGAACCAUCCGCGGACCAUUCCCUCUUCUACAGAGCACAAGCGGAGCACGCGACCGCAGGGAUUCAUUCGAUGGUGACGGCGAGGCUAACCUACGAGACCUGCCCUCAAUGGGCACGGCUGGCUUACGGCAUUGGAACCGAUUCAGCAGGGUACGGGACUCCAUGUCUGUCUCUCAGCGAAUUUCGAGUUUGUUUCGGCAGUCCUCAGAGCAACUGCAGUCGACGCAAAGUGGGCGCGAAUCUCCCGUUCGACCAGCUAGAGUCACUUUUGCGGAUGAGUCCGAUCAUCUGUUGUUGUCCAACGCCUCCGCUGACCACCGCCACGAAAACGAUGAAGCUCCCCACGAACUGGACGCUGUCGAGCCCGAGGCAAGAACUCUGCUGCCCUCGCCGCGAGUCACCUCAGGCAUGAGUACAAUCAGACGAUUUCAACCAGGCCUGCGAUCGAGGUCGACUCGACUCAUAAGAAGAGGAGAACACCCGCCCCUUUCGCAGGUCCUCCAGCUCGCUGCUGCAGCCAUUGCAGCACAGCUUUCAGGCCAUGCCACGGCAGGCUCAACUGGUGGCCGUCACCUUGGUGGCGAUACUUUUGACGGGAGUAUCCAGAAUUUCGUACAGACGCUGCAAGAUGCGGCAACAGCACAAGCUGGAGAGAACAUCGAUAUGAAUGCAUCUGAUGGUGAUCUCCCCCCAGUGAACUUUAUGAGAGUCUUCCAAUUUCCAAACGACGAGAAUGGAUCUCCUAUUGCUUCACAAGCACAGGCUCGUGACGUCGAUCAAAUGGACUUGGAUACCAUCACAGGGCCUGGUGACAACGAUCGGUCCGUAACAUUGGUCCUGGUGGGUGUGCGGUCCCUCCCUCACGGGUCCGACGCUUCUGGUGGCGAGAACGGGACCCUAGGCCCGAGCCUCGACACGCUAUUGAGCCUGCCUUUUUUACCUCCUGCCAAUGUUUUAAGAAAUGGCAGCUCAGGCGCCCUGUUCCGGCGUUCAGAAGGAAGAAAUAGGCACGCCGCACGACGUCACUCGAUGACGAAUUUCAGCUUCCCUGCCCAGUAUGAGUCUCAGCGGCACCAGCGCACUAGGACGCACAAUAGCCGCUUGUCAAGCCACUCCGACCAAAUAGCACCGACCACGCCUGAUACAGGUCCGGGGUCUACACUAGUUUCGGAGUCCCCUCCAGGGCCUCAUCCACCGCCGUCAACACCAGCAGAUAUUAGAAGUGGCCAUGCCACGCCGAUACGCCGACCAUCUUCUGCCUCCGCUACAGCUAAUCAGACACUCUCCGAUCUUGACGAAGAUCGACCGCAGCAAGAGCUCGACAACCCUCCCUACGAAACUUCGUUCAACGCUGCUCGUCAACGCAGACGAAGUGACUCAGAGUUUGCUCGUCGUCCAGAGCUAGGAUCAGGUGCAGCGCGACGGAAUGGAAUGGUGGAGCCUGAUCCACCGCCAGCCGGAGCCGGACGAAGCUGGCUCAUCUAUGUGGUGGGCACAAACGUGUCGCCAGAUCAUCCUGCUUUCGCUAUGCCAAGCUUGUUCACCGACAACCCUUCCUAUGAGGACAUGCAGAUGCUAUCAACGCUUCUUGGACCUGUGAAGCCACCUGUUGCAACACAAGAGGACGUAAGUGCCGCUGGCGGCGUCUUCAGGCUCGUUGUCCACGAACCAGGUUUCCUGGGGCAGCCCCUUACGGAAGAUAAUGAUAGUUCCACACUGGUGAUCAACCUUGGAGAACGCUGUCUUAUAUGCUUGGCGGAUUAUGAGGUUUCGGAGGACGUGAGGCGUCUCGACAAAUGCAAGCACGUCUAUCACCGCGAAUGCAUCGAUGAAUGGCUUACCACCGGUCGGAAUAGCUGCCCAAUGUGUCGUGGCCAGGGUGUGCAGGAGAAAACCGCUUCAUCGACGCCCAAUGCUGCUCCAGCUUCCUCAGCUUCCCUUUGA